AUCUGGCUAAAGAGCUCACAUUCCCACUUGUGAUGUCUGUUUUCAAUAACUCUGAGGUCCAGCUUUUUCUUCUGAUUGGAAUCCCAGGCCUGGAACAUGCCUACCUCUGGAUCGCCAUUCCCAUCUGCCUCAUGUACACGGUUGCCAUCAUGGGAAACAGCACCAUCCUUUUUAUCAUAAAGACAGAGCCCUCACUUCACGAGCCCAUGUAUUAUUUCCUUGCCAUGUUGGCCACCUCUGACCUGGGUCUGUCCUUUUCCUCCCUCCCUAUUAUGCUGAGAAUCUUCUUGUUCAAUGCCAUGGGAAUUUCACCCAAUGCCUGUUUUGCUCAAGAAUUCUUCAUCCAUGGAUUCACCGUCAUGGAAUCCUCCGUACUUCUAGUUAUGUCUUUGGAUCGCUAUCUUGCCAUUCACAAUCCCCUGAGAUAUAGUUCUCUUCUCACUAGCAAAAGAGUUGCUAAAAUGGGACUGAUCUUAGCCAUCAGGAGCAUUCUCUUAGUGCUUCCAUUCCCAUUCACUCUGAAGAGAUUAAAAUAUUGUCAGAAGAAUCUCCUUUCUCACUCAUACUGUCUUCAUCAGGAUACCAUGAAGCUGGCCUGCUCUGACAACAAGAUCAACGUUAUCUAUGGCUUCUUUGUUGCUCUCUGUACCAUGCUGGACUUGGCAUUAAUUGUUCUGUCUUACAUGCUUAUCUUGAAGACCGUACUCAGCAUUGCAUCUCUGGCAGAGAGACUCAAGGCCCUGAAUACCUGUGUCUCCCAUAUCUGUGCUGUGCUUAUUUUCUAUGUACCCAUCAUCACCCUGGCUGCCAUGCACCGCUUUGCCAAGCACAAAAGCCCCCUCAUUGUAAUCCUUAUUGCAGAUACAUUCUUGUUGUUGCCUCCCUUAAUGAACCCCAUUGUAUAUUGUGUAAAGACUCGACAAAUCCGAGAGGUCCUGGGGAAAUUGUUUAGCAUAGGUAGGAGAUAAGAACUUGAAUAUUGAGG